AUGGCUCAUCAAAUUCCGAUUCAGACUCAGACUCAAACUCAGAUUCAGAUUCCAACUCGGCUUCACAUUCAUCAGAUCAUCAGUUUCCCCGGCAAACACAACAAACAACCUCAAAUCAACAUAUUUCUCACCUCACUUCCUCGCCUCUCAACAAUCACGAUAAUCAAAUUGAUGACCGUCAACCUCCAACGAGCUCCCCACAUCACCACCCUCCUCCUCAUGGCUCAGUGUGCUGCAAUCUGGUCAAACACCACCUUUGUCGAACCGGCAAUCGUAUUCGAAUACCUGAACAAAUUCUUGAAUUUAUUAUCGAAAUAUUUGAAUAACAGUGGCGCCAACAACAUACAGAUCGGUCCGAGCUUGAUAGAAUCCAAUUUCGAACUGGUGCAUCAACUCAUUCACUUGACAGCUCCGACAAGAGAAAACCCAUUCGGGAGAAAUUGGACGGAGGCUGGAUUGAUUGAAGAAUUGAUUCCGAUCAAGAACAAAUCGAUUGUCAAAUUGAUCUCGGAGGCCACCGAGACCUUAAGCAAAGGCAAAAACCAAUAUCGACCCAAACCCACGAUCUUCUCAUCUGUGAUACCUUGGAGACCGACUGGAUUAGAAUACGCGAAACAAGAGAUUUGGUUGGAUUUGAUUGAAUCCAUUUCGGUCACUCUUGAUCCAGAUGGCCAUAUCCUCAGGUUCGAAGUGGUUGGGGUGGUCGAUAUCCAAUCAAGACUAACUGGUUUGCCAGAUAUUUCUCUCAAAUUCAUCGAUCCAACGAAGAUUGGAAGGGUAGGAUUCCAUAGUUGUGUAAGGUAUAGCAAAUGGGAAAAGGAGAAGAUCGUGUCAUUUAUUCCGCCUGAUGGACGGUUCCGUUUGAUGAGUUACCGAUCGACACCCACCCAAUCAACAUCACUACCGGUAGCGAUCAAACCGACUGUGACAGUUGGAGAUCAGGGUGGUAGUUUCAAACUUCUAAUCAGCAGUGUCGCAUCGCUGUCUAAGUUGGUUAUCCGAUGGCAACUCGGUCGGCUCGCCACCGGGAUCAUCUCCGAACAACUCCAUUGUCGAUCCCGAGAUGGAAGGCGAAUCGAACCCUCUUGGGAAUGGGAUGAGUCGAAAAAAGAAAUCCGUUGGUCAUUGGAUGGUCAGGAUGCCAAUUGCUGCUUGACUGGGCUGUGGACGCACAGGUCCAAAGAAAAUGAACCGAGUCACUCGAUUGAGGUCGAAUUUGAAAGCAGAACCGAAUCGCCAAACUUGAGUUUUCUCGGCCUCAAAGUCGACAAAAUCGACAUCAAACAAAACUCGAGUUUCUCUGAUCAUCACAAUCAUCAGCACCAGUUUUCAAAUCAUGAUCCGGCCGGUAAAGCUUUAUCUUCCUUAUCGUCUUCUUUUGGUAUCCCUGCUAUUAACAAAGGCGUCAAAAUGAAAUUCAGAAGCGCUCAAUACGAAAUUAGAUGGUAG